CCAGCCUACCUCAUCCGCAGUCAGCCUUCUGUAAAUCCACACCAGGGUUUUGUCACUUUUAUAUAUUCCCGAUUCGUCAUUUCACCGACUUAUGAGGACUUUUCUACGACUUUACUUGCAAGCUGCACUGCGGAAAUCUCCUUAAAACCACACAGGACGAUCCUGCUGCUUCAAACCAGAAGUGCCAACCGCAGGAUUCGGGUUGUGUGUGUGUGUGUGUGUGUGUGUGUGUGUGCUUCCACAGCAGUUUAAUUGCAUAGGCUACUUGUUUUCCUCCGCUUUCAACAAUGUAUCAAGUCGUGAGGAAGCUGUUUUUUACGGACUGCCAGUGUGCAGAUACGUCGAAAUCGUACGAUGACCUGUUCGCCAAACUGGACACAAACAAGGAUGGAAAAGUGGAUGUGUCCGAGCUGAAGGCGGGCCUGGCUGCCAUGGGCAUCAAAACGGGGAAAGAGGCAGCUCAGAAAAUAGUUUCCUCUGGGGACCAGGAUAAAGAUGAUGGGCUCGACUUCAAUGAGUUCUGCAAGUAUCUAAAGGAGCACGAGAAGAAGUUACAACUCACCUUCAAGAGCUUGGACAAAAACAAUGAUGGCCGAAUAGACUUCAUGGAGAUAAAGCAAUCACUUUCUGACCUGGGAAUGGACAUCAGCAAAGAGGAAGCGCAGAAGAUCCUCCAAAGUAUCGAUGUGGAUGGCACCAUGACUUUGGACUGGAAUGAAUGGAGGGAGCAUUUCCUGUUUAACCCAGCCACCAACCUGCAGGAGAUUAUCCGCUACUGGAAGCACUCCACGGUGCUGGACAUAGGUGACAGCCUCUCCAUCCCAGAUGAGUUCACAGAGGAGGAGAAGACGACCGGUUUGUGGUGGAAGCAGCUGUCAGCGGGGGCCAUGGCCGGCGCCGUGUCCCGCACAGGAACCGCCCCGCUGGACAGGAUGAAGGUGUUCAUGCAGGUGCAUUCCUCCAAGACCAACAAAAUCAGCCUGGUUGGUGGAUUCAAGCAAAUGUUAAAAGAAGGAGGCUUGACGUCUCUGUGGAGAGGAAACGGUAUCAACGUCCUGAAGAUUGCCCCCGAGACGGCUAUUAAAUUUAUGGCCUAUGAGAAGUUUAAGAAGAUGCUGGCCAGUGACCCAGGGAAGAUCCAGACACACGAGAGGUUCUUGGCCGGAUCGCUGGCUGGAGCCACAGCACAAACUGCCAUCUACCCCAUGGAGGUGAUGAAAACCCGUCUGACUCUGAGGAAGACUGGACAAUACUCAGGAAUGUUUGACUGUGCCAAGAAAAUCCUGAAGAAGGAGGGAGUCAAGGCAUUUUACAAGGGCUAUGUUCCCAAUCUUAUAGGCAUCAUCCCCUACGCUGGUAUUGAUCUGGCAGUGUACGAGAGCUUGAAGAACCUCUGGUUGUCCCACUACGCCAAAGACUCAGCCAACCCUGGUAUUCUGGUGCUGCUUGGCUGUGGGACUCUAUCCAGCACAUGUGGACAGCUGGCCAGCUACCCCCUGGCUCUGAUCCGCACCAGGAUGCAGGCUCAAGCUUCUCUCGAGGGCUCAGAGCAGCUGCCCAUGAACCUGAUGGUGAAGAAGAUUGUGCAAAAGGAAGGUUUCUUUGGACUUUACCGUGGCAUCCUGCCUAAUUUCAUGAAGGUCAUACCAGCUGUCAGCAUCAGCUAUGUGGUGUAUGAGCACAUGAGGUCUGGCUUGGGUAUUCAAAAGUAGGCAGCAGAAUCAUCUGUGACCAUGAGAGUGUAAAAGGAUGUGCACCAAUUAUUUUUACAAACCCUGUCCCUUUUCACAUAUUAGGACUGUCGUCUAAAGAACUUGUUUACCUGUAGGGCACAAAAGUCUCAAACUGCUGCAGAUGGAGUCAUUGUAGAGGUUUUUAAAGAGAUUGCAGGACUUUGGCUAAACUCUGGAGCCAUUAUGAAAAAUGAAUAUAGUUUAGAAAAUCCUGCAGUUCUCACACAGGGCUUAUACAAGACUUCUACAAUGCUUCCAACUGUAUGUUUAUUACACCCACGAUUUAAGUGCACUGUUGAGUCUCAGGGUCCAGUUUGGAUCAACUGACUUUCAAUUUAAUCAACCAAAGAGGUGGGUAUUAGGAAUCUGAAAACACUUGGAGAGGCUUAUUCUGAUUUCAAGACAUUUUGUUUUAAUUGUUGACUUAGGUAUAAAUGGACUUGUUUUUGUAUCCAACAUUUAAAGUAUGGGUCCUGUUAUUGUCACAUUCUUCUAAUGUUUCACCAAAAGGUUCUGAACAGUGAACAUACAGUCAUGGAAAAAAUGAUUAGACCACCCUUGUUUUCUUCAAUUUAUUGUUAAUUUUAAUGCCGGGUACAACUAAAGGUACAUUUGUUUGGACACAUAUAAUGAUAACAACAGAAAUAGAUCAUAAGAGUUUAAUUUAAGAGCUGAUAUCUAGCCAUUUUCCAUGUUUUUCUUGCUAAUGAUUUUAGUUUUUAUCAAAAAAACGGCAUUAAAAUGAACAAGAAAUUGAUGAAGAGGGGUGGUCUAAUAAUUUUUUCCAUGACUGUAUGCUGAAGUGGGAUACCACAAUUUUUCUUCUUUCUUUUGCUUUCUUUAUCUUAAGAAGUAGACACCAAAAGUUGACACACGACAUCUUAAAUCCAUUACCAGACACUCGUCCAGCUUUAUUAACCGUUUCCCCUAAAUAUUGUGUUAUAUUGUGUGAGUGGGGAGCUGUUUCACCGAGAAAUCUGAGGGAACUUUUGAAGUGCAAUACUGUAUUUACACUUUGGUGAUACAUGUCACCAAAUGCAUGGUUUGUUUGAUGCAGGUUUGUAUGGGAAUGGAUUUCACCCCAAUGUUGUUGGUCUCUUAUGUUGGAUGUUAUUAUUGCACCUUUUCUGUGAGUUUGGGUGAACAGGGGAGUUAUGUGCCUUAUGUGGAUUUUUCUCAAAUAUCAGUGGACACCCUCCAUUUAUUAUUAUUAUUUUAUUAUUAUUUUUCUUGCCUUUCUUUCCAAUAUUUGGUUCAUUAGAUGCUGGUGUUUACAAUAAAAACAUUUGAAUACAA